AUGCAGUCCCUCUCACGGCUGCUCUACGGCCCGUCGAAGGAAGACCGCAUUCGCGAGGUGCAGCGGCGCUUACGUACCGAGCAGCGCUCGCUUGACCGGGAAAUCCGGCAGAUUGACCAGUCGACAGGCAAGGUGAAGGCGGACAUCAAGCGGCUUGCACGCAAAGGGGACACCAAAAAUGCAACGAUGCUUGCGCGUGAAGUCGUGCGCUCCACAAAGCACCGCACACGCCUUGUAACGAGCAAGGCGCAGCUGAACAGCAUUGCGCUGCAGCUUCAGCAGCAGAUGGCCAUGUUCAAAGUUACGGGGACGCUACAAAAAUCGACAGAAAUCAUGCGCCUAUCCAAUAGUGUGCUACGUCUACCGCAAAUGUCGCAGUCGAUGCGCGAGAUGAGCAGCGAGCUCACCAAGGCGGGCAUCUUGGAGGAGAUGAUGAACGAUACCCUCGACGCGGGCAUGCUCGGGGACGACGCCGAGGAGCUGGAAGAAGAGGCACAGGCAGAAGUGAACAGUGUUUUGCACGAGCUCACCGAUGGUAAGCUUGGCGCCGCGGCGCCCGCAAGCACACUUCCCGCGCUCGACACAGCGCACGAAACACAAGACAUGGAGCAGAUGCAGGCGCAGCUGGACGUGCUCCUGCGCGGCGAGCACGCAUAG